CAACCCAUAAUUCCCAGCGUCGACACAACAUGGAAGAGGCCAACAGCUGCAAGAGAACAAUGUUUUGGCUGUAAAGUAACUCAAAGAAUCGAGCGCCGGGAUUCAUUUGAAUGCUACGAAUCGGCCGUGGUCAUGUACAACAUAUUUCAUCAAUGAACUUUGGCCUGUUGAAGACCCAAGCAUGAGUAUUAUCCAAGACAAGCUAGGCAAUGAGUUUUUACGGAACGGUGGCAUGGACCCCAACUUUCCCCCCAGCAUGAUCAUGUUCAGCCAUUUACCUCCAGUGACCAGUUUCACGCGCCUGACUUCACAAACCUCCAUGUCGGAUCUGCCCCAAGAGAUGAUUCUGAAGAAGGAGCGUGACUCUCCUGACCAUGGUGGUGGAUUUAUCCACAGUAUGGGUAUCAAACAGGAGAAGCUAAGUGAGUUGGAUUACCACCUCCCGAUGUAUGCAACAGGAACUGGAACAGCAGGAGGAAAAAGCACUGAUAUGCUGGACAUGUCGCUCAGCAACCACCAGAAUAUGCUUUUGCAUGACCUAAGCCUUAGUAACCAGUUUUCUGGAAGACUGGGGAAAGACCCAAAAGAAUCUGGGCCUAGAAGAGGAAGGAGAGCAAAUGGAGAAGGACCAGAUGGCAAAGCCAGAAAGAAACAAGGAGAUUCUGCAAAGUCGCUCAUGCUGGAUGGUGAUGCUGGGCCCCUCUCUCCCAACUCUAAACCGCAUAUAUGCGAGCACUGCAAUGCAGCCUUCCGCAGUUCAUAUCAUCUGCGUAGACAUGUCCUCAUUCACACAGGUGAGAGGCCUUUCAGGUGCAGUCAGUGUAAUAUGAGCUUCAUACAGAAGUACCUGCUGCAACGGCAUGAGAAAAUCCACAGCGGGGAGAAACCAUUCAGCUGUGACCAGUGCAACAUGCGCUUUAUUCAGAAGUACCACAUGGAGAGACACAAAAGGACACACAGUGGAGAAAAGCCAUAUAAAUGUGACACCUGUCUACAGUAUUUCUCACGGACGGAUCGAUUACUGAAGCACAAGAGAACCUGUGGAGAAGCCAUAAAGAAAGGUCUGGACCCAGGUUUGCUGGACCUUGGAGAUGAUGACAUGGGUCAAGACAGCUACCUACUCACUCAGGGAAACACUAGCGCCCCACCACGCAAGAGGGGCAAGUCCAAAAGUAGCAAUGAAGGAGGAGAGCGACGAAGGAAGAAAGGAGCAGCUGCGGGAGGAGGAGUGCAGAUGGCACUCGGCCCACAAGACUAUGCCUUGGACAUCCCCAGUGGAUUGGGGGCAUCAUCUUCAGGGGCUCUGGAUGAGACAAGCAUGGACAACCAGCAUGGACACACACCCAAGCUUGUCUUUAAGAAAGGUGGCCACAAGGGAAAUGACAAGGGUGCAGUUUCUAUGGAGGAGCCCAACUACGAGCAGAAGCUGCUGAUGCACAAACCAGGCUCUAUGGACAUGUCUGGUGCGGGAAAUAUGGAUGGUCUCGGCCUCCUCCAAACCUCCAGUGGACCCAAACGAGGUACCAGCAGCAAUUAUGACGAUGCCAUGCAGUUUUUGAAAAAGAGACGGUACCUGCAUGCUGCUAACAGCGCAGCUGACUUCAGCUCUGUCCACCUUCCACAGCCAACAGUAAUCCAGGGUGGCAUAGGAGAACCUACACUUGCCUUGCUUGACACCUCGCCUUUGGUAAGCGUUGACAAGCAUGACAAAUCAGGGAUCCCAGAUGAGGUGCUGCAGAGCCUGCUGGACCACUACAGCCACAAAUCUGAUGGCUCUCACCAUGAUGUGACAUUCGAUCUGCAAGAUUCUCACCACGUGGAAUUGCAGGCUGCCUCCUCCACCUCUGAUUUGGGUCAGGAUGAGAGAUCUCCCGGCUCUGGAGACAAGAAUGGGGUGAUGAACGAGUACUCUAAAUUCUUGCUCCAGACCCUGGAGAGAACCAGCCAUAGCAGCAACUUUAUUUUGGGCCCAUCUGGACCCUUCCCAAGCCUCUUGUCGUCUAGCAGCAGCCCUGCUAGUACACUCUUCCCAGACAAAAACAUCUACACCACCUCGCCACUGGAGUGUGUAUUUGGACAGCCUGUUUCUUCUUCUCUUGCAUCUUCCUCCUCAACAUCCCUAAGCAAGUCCCAUUUUGGAAUGCUGGUUGGUUCUCCGUCAACUUCCCAUGCCUCACCAUCUUCUCAACAGGCCUUUCAUCUCAGCAGUCUGGGGCCAGCCCCUCACCAGCAGCUUACCCCAUCUCAAGAGCUCACCGACCACCUGGAGAAGCAGCACUCGCCGCCAUACCCUCUCGCAACUCAGGAGCUGACCAAUGGUGGCCAGAAAGACCAGCAGUCCAAGAACAGUGGCUCUUCGGCCAACAGCAGCAACAACGGGAACGGCACAGGUGGCGGCUCGGCUAACGGCUCUGUCUACCCUGACCUCACUGCCCUGGAGCCAUCUAAGCAAGUGGACAUGCGUUCCACCUACCAGAUAGAGAACUUCGCCCAAGCCUUCGGGUCUCAAUUCAAGUCUGGUCGCCAAACCCCACUUGGUUAUGGUGGAGUCCCGCGAGUGGGUGUCGCAGAGGUUGACCACAGGAUACAGCGGACUCCCGUGUCUGAAUUCUCAGGGUAUACUAGUCUGUUAGCAGAUGCCAACGAGCCAGCUAGCUCAGGAUCCAAAACCCCCACAAGCCAAAGUUACAGGUAAAGGUUGAGGGAGUAUACCUGACCCUGUAUGUGGGAUGAGGACUGUCUCCAAUGCCUCCCUCUCCUCGCUGAUUAAAACUUUAAUUAAUACACUGCCAUUAAAUGUCAAUAGAAGACGUUAACAGGGAAGGUCAUCAAGACCUCAAAUGCAAUUUUUCAUGUUCUUUUUAAUGCGUUUUAGUCAUUUUAUUUUAUUAGCAUAGUGAUGUAAGAGUAGAUUUAAAUGAAAUUUCCAGUGAAAUUAGAGGCUAACGAAGGACUUUUUCAGAAAUCUUGUAUGUCUUAGCAAUCAUAGUCCAAUUGUAAGAUUAAAUUAAAAAUGAAAGAUGAUUUACAAUAAUAACAGAUGUCAGGGAGUGGCCCAGUAUUCAAUGGCAAAAAAAUGUAUUGUCUGUUACAAUGAUCCUAAAGUAUUACUCAGGAAAAAGCAGUAACUUUUUUUAAAACGAGGUGCACUAGCACCCUUUUUUUACAGGUGUACUUUUGAAAUGACAGUGAACAUUCUUGUUUUUAGAAAUUCCUUGAAGAAAAAGACAAAGCCAAUCGGGAAUCUGCAUGUUCAGUGGUAUGACACUGGGAACUCUUUCCAC